AAUUUCACCAUGUUCCUUACGAUGUUUGGGGAGAAGCUGAACGGCACAGAUCCGGAAGAUGUCAUCAGAAAUGCUUUUGCCUGCUUCGACGAAGAAGCAACUGGCACCAUUCAGGAAGAUUACCUGAGAGAGCUGCUGACGACCAUGGGAGAUCGCUUCAUGGAUGAGGAAGUGGAUGAGCUGUACAGAGAAGCCCCCAUUGAUAAAAAGGGGAACUUCAAUUACAUCGAGUUCACGCGCAUCCUUAAACACGGAGCGAAAGACAAGGAUGACUGAACGAACUUCAGAUUCCAGCCAAAAGCCUUCCUUGUUGCCAUUUUGGGUAUUUCCGAGACUUUCUUGUAGAGCUUAUUGCAUGCCCUGAGCUUGACCGCUUCUGCCUUCUUGUAUUUAUUCUCGGCCAUUUGGGGCACAUGCAUUUCUGUAAUCAGACUGGAAAUGGGACUUUGUAAAAGUAGAACUGGGAAAAAGAUCAAUGCCUUAUCAAAGCCUAAGGAAAAUAUUCUCAGAUUUUUUCUAAUUAACUGGAUUUUUACAUUUUUUUUGGAAAUAAAAACUUUGAAAAUAAACAUUGUGUUGGAAGCACCUAAUGUUAAUUAAUUUUGUCAUUUUCAGGGAGGAAAAUGGGUAACUUUACUUCCCAGCUCCUCCCACAUCCCAUUAACUAUAUAGAGUUGAUAAGAUAUUUUUCUUAGUUAAUCCUUUUCUCUUGAACCACAAUUAAACUUUAUGAUGAAA